CUCAGCCCCGGGGCCACCAUGGCGCUGCCCUCCGUGCACCGCUGCCUGCAACUCGGUGCCGAAAAUGAGCAAUUACUCAGGAAGAUGAAAAAGCUACAAAGAAAGAAUAAGGAGCUGGAAGAGGACUUGGCUCAGAUUCAGGGAGAAGGGCGGCAGCGGCAGUUAGCGCGUGGUCAUGUCACCAGCAGGGACGUUCAGAUUCAAACAGACACACACGUAUGGCGUAAGGGUGGAUACAGCAAGAAUCUUAAUCUAGAGGGUGAAAGUGCCAGACUACUACAGCUGUAUAGUAAUCUACAGAAAUGUUACGUUAAGGAAAUGAAAACAAACCAGGAACAAAGUGAAACAAUUAGAAACCUCACUAUGAAAAUUUGUGAGCUAGAGCACAGUCUUCAAGAGCAGAAGCAAAGGAUUGAGCAAUUGGAGCGUAAUAAAGUUUUGUGGAAAACUCACGCUGUUUCUGGGAAAAGAAGUCGAACCCUAGGGGGAGAAAUAGUGUCUCACAGAGACACAUCUAAAAAGGAGGAGUCGUGCUGCAGUAAAUACAUAGAGCUGUUGCUAAAGGAGAUUAAAAAGCUGAAGAAAGAAAAUGAAAAGUUGUCUGAGGAAAGGAGAGCACUAAGGAAGGAAUUAGCUGGAUUAGACAAGGAGUUUUUCCAAGAGAUAGAAGAUCUAAAGCGCGCCGUGCAGGAAUCUGUGAAACUGAAUAAUCAGUAUGAGAAGUGCUUGAAACAAAUAAGUGUAAUCUUUGGACUUCCUUUUACAGCACAUUUGUAACUGCUGAUAAUCCAAUGGCAAGUAGGUUUUCUACUUUUUUUUUCUUUUUUUUUUUUUAUACUACAAAUUUGAAAUGUAGUGCCACAUUCUGAUACUGUUAGGAAAUCAGUAAUAUCAGCUCAGUGUAGGAAGCUGUUCUGAAGUGUUUUUGUAUUUUAUGCAUUUGAUUUUGUACGUCUGGUUUUUAAAUAAACUGUGGUCUGCAUAA